AUGAGAUUUCUAGGAAGCCUUCUAUUGCAUUCUUAUCUCUUAUUAACCAAUUAAGAAUAAUAAAUAAAUAAUUAAAUUUAUUCGUUUUAGAAAAGAGAAGAAACUAAAGCAAAAUUAUGGAUAUAUGGUCUAAACUGCUAUUUAUCUGAUCAACUAUAUCUUAAUAAAAAACUGAUUGGUUUUCUGCUCAAUUAAAUGCAAGAUAUUAGAAAAACUAAUAUAUUAAUACUAUAUUUGUUUAUAUUUUUAUAAUAAUGGGAACUUGUGUUUCAUAUAGAAAUUAACAAUAAAAUGAAAGCAACACAAUUGAUUAGAUAAGACUCAAUGAAUUAAGUCAAAAUUCAAAUCUUGAGUUUGAAUUAAGCGGCUAGAACUACGAAGAUGUAGGUAUAUCAAAUAUGGAGGAAAGUAUACAAAUGCGUUAAUUAGAUGUAGGAGAAUUUUAAAAGCAAUAACCGUUAGAAAACUAAAAAAUACAUCAUUAAUUGGUAUCAAGUUUACAAUAUUAUUAGUAAUUAAACUUAAAUGAUUCUGAAAAUGGUUCGUCAAACUUACAAGUUGAUUUAGAGUUGAGAUCACUUAAUAUUAAAGUAUUAGAUAAGAUGUAGUCAAGAAAUUCCUCUCUUAUUGAACCUGAGAAAAGAUCAGAAAGAUCCUACACCUAAGGUUUAUAGUAUAAAGCCAAAAAUAAUAAUCUAAUUUAGUAGUCGGAAACAAAUAAACAUUUGAUUGAUUUUAUGACUAAAGGUGAGAAAGAUGCUUUAUUACAUCCUCUGCCUUCUCCACCUAAUUUGAAUAGAAAUAACGAAUUAGGAGUGUACGAAGCAUUUGAUAGCGCUGAGCUGACACCUUAAACACCUUCAAAAUAAGAAUCUGAAUGUGAAGAAUUAGAGGUAGAGCCACCAGAAUAAGAAGAGGAAAUUGCUGAAAUCUAGAAAGAGGAAGAUAAAACACCAGAACAUUAAUCAAUGAAUUCAGAUAAAUCAAAAUAAUAGACUGUCCUAGACAAUCAACUCUUUGAACAACAUUAAGAAGAUACAAUCUCUUUAGAGGAUGACAAUCCAGAGGAAGUGUAAUAACCAAAUCCACCUCCUUAAGAACGAUAAAUUAUUCUUUAAUCCUCAAAAGGAGAGUAAAUGAUUAUGUCCUUUGCCCCAAAUGUAUAAUAAUUGCUUAUCAAAUCUCAAUAAUAUUCAAUAUUUGAAAAUUAAGGUGAAAAUGCAAUUGAAGUAAUUAAUCACAAACCAAGGUUAGAGAGAGCAGUUCCAUCAGAUACUGAUAUCCUUAAAAUAGAAAAUGAGCAUGUAAUUGCAUUGUCUGCAUAAUUGGAACCAAUCAACAUUAAUGUUGAUAUGAACAAUUGUGAAAUGUUGGGUCCAUAUAUAAUUCUUAAUACUGGAGAUAUUUAUGUAGGUACAUGGCAAAUGGGUAAACGACAUGGGUUUGGGAAAUAAAUAUUUUCGAAUGGAGCAUAUUAUGAAGGAUAAUGGCUAAACGAUUUUUUAUAGGGAUAUGGUAGAUACAUAUUUUAAAAUGGGGAUUACUACUCAGGAGAGUUUGUUUGUGGGGAAAGAGAAGGUGUUGGAGUAUUGGUCUAUUAAGAUGGAUCAUCAUAUGAAGGGAAAUGGGUAAAGAAUUAAAAAGUAUAGAUAUUCUAUUUAUAUUUAUAGGAAGGUGAGGGAAGAGAAUAACUAGCUGAUGGUAAUGUCUAUAUUGGAGCAUUCAAGGCCAAUAAAAAAGAGGGCAAAGGUAGAUUGGAAUAUAUAGAUGGAUGUGUUUUUGAAGGAAUGUUCAAAGAAGGUUAUGUUUGUGGAAAAGGAACUUAAACUUGGGCUGAUGGAAAAAGAUAUGAAGGAGAAUGGAAGGAUGGUAAAAUGCAUGGCUAAGGAGAAUUCUAAUGGGGAGAAGCAAAAUUUUAUAAGGGAGAGUAUGUCAAUAAUGUAAGGUAAGGAUAUGGAGAAUACAGUUGGCCUGAUGGAAGAACUUACAAAGGGGGAUGGAAGAAUGGGGUUAUGCAUGGAAAAGGGCUGAUGAUUUGGCCUGAUUAGAGAUUACAGAAAGGAAUUUGGAUAAAUGGGUAGAGGCAAUUUACUAAGGAAGAAUAGGCAGUACUAUAAAAGGCUAAGAAACUUAAUACUGCAGAUACUACUAUAAAUAAGACCAAAGAUUUUGGAGUUGAACAAAAAGAACAAUAACCGAAGUAAUCAGAGCCUAAAAAGAGAACCAAAUCUAAAUCAAAAGAAAGGAAAAUCAAAACAGAAUCUAAAAAUUGA